AUGCACUGUGCCAUUCAGAAGGCAGAAGUGCUGGACGGGGCUCAUCUGAUGCAGAUUCUCUGGCACGAUGGCACAGAGUCGUUCUACCCUGCCGUGUGGCUGAGAGACAACUGUCAGUGCCCCGACUGCUACCUGGAUUCUGCAAAAGCACGGAAAUUUCUCGUGGAAUCUCUUGAUGUGAACAUUGGUAUUAAAGACUUGUCGUUUGACAGAAAAAGGGUUCUUAUCACAUGGCCAAGUGAACAUACCAGUGAAUUUGAAGCUGAAUGGCUGAAGAAGAGAUGCUUUUCGCAGCAGGCCAGAGAAAAACUCCAAAGAGAAUUGUUUUUUCCAGAAUGUCAGUACUGGGGCUCGGAACUCCAGCUACCUACUCUGAAUUUUGAAGAUGUUUUAAAAAAUGAUGAACAUGCAUACAAGUGGCUCUCCAGCCUCAAGAACGUAGGCAUAGUGCGACUCACCGGAGCAUCCAACAAACGAGGAGAAGUUCUAAAACUUGGGAAAAGGAUUGGUUUCCUUUAUCUCACAUUUUAUGGACAUACUUGGCAGGUGCAAGACAAAAUUGCCGCAAACAAUGUGGCUUACACAACUGGGAAGCUGAGCUUUCACACUGAUUAUCCAGCCCUCCAUCAUCCACCCGGGGUUCAGCUUCUGCACUGCAUAAAACAAACAGUCACGGGGGGUGAUUCGGAAAUUGUGGAUGGAUUUAAUAUAUGCCGAAAGCUCAAGGAAAAAGAUCCUCGGGCAUUCCAGAUUUUGUCCUCCACCUUUGUGGAUUUCACAGACAUUGGAGUGGAUUACUGCGAUUUCUCGGUACAAUCCAAACACAAAAUUAUAGAAUUAGAUGAUAAAGGUGAAGUGGUUCGCAUCAACUUCAAUAACGCCACGAGAGACACAGUGUUCGAUGUACCUGUUGAAAAGGUGCAGCCCUUUUAUGAGGCUCUGAAGCACUUUGUUGACCUCAUGAACUGUGAAGAAUCCAAGUUUACUUUUAAGAUGAAUCCAGGUGAUGUGAUUACUUUUGAUAACUGGCGCUUACUUCAUGGCCGAUGUAGCUACGAGGCAGGAACUGAGAUAUCCCGCCAUCUGGAAGGAGCCUAUGCCGACUGGGACGUGGUAAUGUCAAGGCUCCGCAUCUUAAGGAAGACUCUCCAGAAUAGAAACUGA